GUGAAAAAAGCACAAAAACUAAUCAUAUUCGUUAGUCAAGUUACAAUUGAAAAUCGUGGUAAUCAACAUACCACACUACUACCAAUUAAUCUGGUCAAUUUGAAAGAAAACAAAUUGUCCUAGAUUUGUACAACCGUCUUUUUUUCUUCCACAAAGAUAAUGUUUUAGCGAUAACAAAAAUUCUGUUAUAUUGGCAUGAAAUGGUGUAUUUUUCUUUAUUGAAACUUAAUUGACUGUCUUGAAAUAUCCAAUGAAUACUUUGUGUUUAACCAAAAGAUUAAACAGUGUAGCAAAAACGUAAAUACAAAUAUUGUUUAAAAUUAAAAAGGACAAUAAAGUAAAAAAAAAUCGAUGCUGACAAUUAUUCACUUCAUGCGGUUAUGAUUUUUCAUUUUACAUUUUAUAUGUGAAAUAAUUCAGCAUGCUAGGUGCUUGUAAUGUUUGAAUUUUGUAAACGUAGAGAACUAGAAUUAUCACAAAAUAUUUUGUUGCAAGUUUCAUUCUAACCAAUUCCUCCCAUUCCCGAUAUACAUGUCAAUUGUAUAUUAGAAUUAAGCAGUAGUAUUUUUUUAUGGUCAAAUUAUACAUUUCAUAUAGUUUAUGUAUCUACUAAGUUAAAUAAUAAUUUUGCUGAUACCAAAACAGCCAUGAGUUUUAUCUAAAAUAAGAAAAAAACGUAGGUGUUUGGCCGACAAAUGUAUUCAUCUAUGCAGAUAUUGACACAGAAAAAAAUCUGAUAAAUAAAAAGUGGAAAUUUUCGAUGGUUUUCCGUGCUUCCCCCUCAAAAGUCCUUAAAUUGUUUGUGCUAAUAGGGACAAGGCGCAUUUUGUCAAAUUUGAAAUUUUCAAUUUAUAUACGACAAUAUUGGAUGAAUAUCAUUUUUACAGUUAAAAUUAUAAUCUACAAUAGGUUGUUGAUAUGUAGCCCGAUAUAAUUUAUUUUUAAUACAAAGAGUAUGCAAUCCUUCCAGUAUUGUGUCUUUAAACAUUUUAAAAAUGCUCUUAAAAUAUCAAUUUCAACAACAGUAUUCCUAAUCGUAAAACUUUACAAUCAGUAAUGUGAGAUAUAUAACCUUCCUUGGUUGAUCAUAAUUUAAAAGAAAUAAUUGUCAAGAAUCACAAAAACCUAAGUAUCAUCGAUAAUUUUUGUAGAACAGGUUCUCAAUUACUAUCAUUUAGUAACAAUAUAUUCCUAACAUAUAGGCUUAAUUACUUGCAAGUAUAAACUGAAAAGUGUUUUAUAUAAAAAUAAAAAAAAGCAAGGAGAUGUGCACGUGAUUAACGUAAAUGAAAGAAUGAUUUUGAAUAGUAUGCACAUUUCUGUUAUCAUGAAAGUUUUUCGCCCACACUCAUCAAGCAAACAAUACCUAGGAAAACCCCGAUUUAUACUGCUUUAAAAAUCACAUCUCAAUCUUGUUUUGAACAUAACCAAUUCCAAGGGCCUUGGCGCUAUCAGCUUGAAGCAACAUUUGAUAAGUCUACAAGUCCUCAAGAUGAACGUUUUUUAUUUGAUGAUAGUCGCAUCUCUCAGCAAGACAAUUAUUGCAAAAGUUAUCGUAGAUUUAAAGUGCGUGUAUACAGAAAAGGACACAAUCUCAGAAGCAAAGUUUGACCCGGAAACACAGAUCUGCUGUCGAAAAUCAGGAGUCCAUGAAAGAUUUCAGCAAGGCAAGGAAAUGGACUGUUGUGGGGAAAAAGAAAGCAGCGAAGAGGCUGAACGCAACAUAACACACAUUUGCUGCCAAAACUCAGGUGUUCACGAAAGAUACCAAGAUUAUCAGGAAGUUGACUGUUGUGGAGAAGAUAUCUUCAAAGUGGAAUCCGAGCAAUGUCCCAAUAAAAAUACAUCUCAAAAGGCUGUCAAGAAGACAUAUGGAAAAAAUUCAGAAAUAGCCCGGUCACGAAAAGACACUACCAAAUUGCCCGGAGUCAGGCUUUCUUUGCUACUGCAUCAACAAUGGAGUAUGGAGGUUGAUCAACUGUCAAGUGAAAGAUUAGCCAAAAAAGUUAAAAAGAUCAAGAAAGCCAUCAGUCGCCUAAUAAAAGUAUUUCAAGGGGCAUUUUAAACAGAAAAAUCCAUUGGUGAUCACUAACCUGUGCAAAUGAAAGCAUCUAAGACUCAAUAGCCUGAUUUAUUAUCUUUAUUUUUUUUCUUUUAUGAUAACAUUUGUAAUCAACCAUUUUAUCUUUGCAUUUCAUUAUACCAUGUAACGUGAUAACAAAAUAUCAGUUAUCAGAAAGUGUAGAAUCAUAUACAUCUAUUUAAUAUAUCAUGAAAUAAAGAAUAUGCUUAUUA